AUGCCUUCUUUCGUUCCAAAAGUAAUAUCUCCGACGUUGUUGAUGAUGAUGAUAUUGUUGGCAAGAAUGAUAACUGUCGUCGUCAAAAGCGACUUUGAUGGAGACUACGAGUACGCCUGGUGCAGCGGCGACGAGAAAAUCGACUACUCGGCCAAUGAGCUUGCUGCAAAAGAGUGGACCCUGCAGAAGGCAAGGUACGGCGCGGCUGCUGUCCGGAGAGGCCUUAAGCAGCACUGCGAGUGCUCCCCCGCCGACGAGGUCACCGGUACUUUUUGGUGUGCUUAUGCUUUUUGUACUUCUUCACUGUCCGGCAAUGAUUGCCGGCGUUGUACAGACCAUGCGGAGAAGUUUCUGUGGCCGGCUUGCGAUGGUCUAGACGGCGGGCAAUGGGCUCUCAAGGAUUGUUUCUUGAGGUAUGAGACCCACCCAUUCUGUUAG